AUGGCCUCCCUCAAGGGUCUUGUUUUGGUGGUAUUUUUCCUCGGAGCCAUUUACGGCUACCAGAUUAAACCUAGGAACUAUGAGAAGAUGGUUGAACAGCAGAAAAAGUUUGAUGAACAAUUCGCCCAGGAGUUUCUGGCUGAGCAUCUCAAAUACACGGAAAGUGGUGAAAAGUCGGCUCGACUGGAGGAAAUGUUCGAAUAUCUACGCCACAAACCGGACAUGUUCCGGCUGGAGGUCGAGGAUCAUCCCAUCCCGUAUCAAACAACGGAAUGCACCGCCUGCCGUGCCUUGGCAACCACCUAUUUAAUGUACCGCCGGGUGCUGAAUUGGGACCGCCAGCGAAUCGCCGACCAAGCCGCGUCCACAUGUGAUUCCCUGCAAAUCUUACUUCCGGAGAACUGCGUCAAAAUCAUCGACAAAAAUAUCGACGUUUUCCUGUACAUCAUCGACAACAAACCGAGUCUCACCGCUCAAACUUUCUGUGGAAUUAUUUUCCAAUCCGGUGCGUGCGUGUUGGAAGAUCCGGAAUUUCUCGAUUGGACGAUUAACAUUGCUCCGGGAGGUACACCGAUCACCUCGUCGAAGAGCGGUCCAAGCCGGGGUGCUAACGAUUUCAAAAUUAUUCAUAUGACCGAUUUGCAUUACGAUCCGAACUACCGUCCGGGAUACAAUGCUGUCUGUGGUGAACCUUGCUGUUGUCGAGUAAAUCAGGGAGUUCCAGCCGAUCCGGCUGACGGUGCCGGUGAGUGGGGAGAUUAUCGUGACUGUGGUUCCCCAUGGAGAACGAUCGAUAAUACUGUCCGACAAGCUGGUCAACAGCACCCGGAUGUUUCCUACGUGUAUCACACUGGCGAUAUCAUCGAUCACGGAGUUUGGGAAACAACAAAGGAAGGCAACAUCCGAUCAAUCACCCAAGUGAACAACCUACUGAAUGAAGUUUUCGCGGGAAAACCAGUCUACAGUGCACUGGGAAACCACGAAAUAACUCCAACGAAUGUGUUUGCUCCCAGCCACAUCACCGUACCUGAGUUCUCUCCCAGUUGGGUCUACCAACUGGUAGCCGAUUUGUGGGCCAGCUGGCUGCCCUCAACGGCACGUCCAACUAUCCUCCACGGAGGAUACUACACCGCUCUGGUUCGACCAGGCUUCCGCGUGAUCAGCAUAAACAAUAACGACGCCUACACCUUCAACUGGUGGGUUUUGUACGACCCUGCCUAUCUAAUCAAUCAGCUUACAUGGCUGCACGACACGCUCCUGCAAGCGGAACAAGCAGGAGAAAAGGUUCACAUUUUGGCUCACAUCCCGAUCGGCUCUGGAUCAUCCUUUAUUACCUGGUCUCGACAGUACCGACGCAUUGUGGAUCGCUUCUGGGAUACGAUUACGGCUCACUUCCAUGGCCACACCCACGCCGAUGAGUUUAACAUCUUCUACUCGGCAGCCAAUCCGCAGCACGCCGUCAACGUUGCCUUCAACGCCGGAGGCGUUGUUCCGUUCAGCAACUACAAUCCAAACUACGUCGUCUACUAUGUGAACCCGCAAACCUUCGAAGUCACCGAUUUCGAAUCGUUCUACUUCAACCUAACGGAAGCCAAUUUGCACCCUCUGCGGGAUCCACUGUGGCAGAAUCUGUACUCCUUCUCGCAGGACUUCAACAUCCCGAACGUAUCGCCAGCUUCGCUGGACGGGUUGGCGCGACGUUUCGGUUCCAAUCCGACUGAUCUGCACCGCUACUGGGAGCUGAAAGUGAAACGUGGUGACCCGUUCCUGGAGCGUGGCUGCGACGGAAGCUGCCUGCUCGGGCAUCUGUGCAGCAUCGUGACGAACGAAGCCAAUGACGACACGAAAUGCAACGAAAUGAUUACACUUUUCCGCGAAAGUGAAGAUGAACGGUGGAAUCGUGGUGAAUAA